CUUCCUGUUGAUGCAAAAAUUGCAGCAGCAACUGUGUGACACAUCUGGACUGGAGAGGGGGGGAGGCCUGGCUGUAGUGUUAGCGGACUACUGAGGGGAAUGGACAGCGUUUAAGUGCUAACCUGCGAGACGGUGAGUUUGGUGGACCGCGGCUUUGGCAUGGACUGGUGAACCAUAGUGCGUGUGUAAUGUCGGAGCGUCCGAGCUAUUGCAGUGCUGUCGGCAAACUGGAGAAACAUAUCCAAGAAAUGGACGACGGCAGCUACAUCGAGUUUGAUGUGCCGGAGUUCAGCAACACUGUUCUAACCCAACUCAAUGAGUUGCGCCUGCAAGGAAAGUUGUGUGACAUUAUUGUUCACAUUCAGGGCCAGCCGUUUCGAGCACACAAGGCCGUGCUGGCGGCGAGUUCACCCUACUUUCGUGACCACUCGGCUCUCAGCACCAUGAGUGGCCUUUCCAUUUCGGUCAUCAAAAGCCCUGAGGUGUUUGAGCAGCUCCUUGCUUUCUGCUACACAGGUCACAUGUCCCUCCAGCUCAAGGAUAUUAUCAGUUUCCUCACUGCUGCCAGCUUUCUGCAGAUGCAGACUAUCAUUGACAAGUGCACCCAAAUUCUUGAGAGCAUCCAUUCCAAGAUCAGCCUCCCAGUCAGUGUCUGCAGUCCAGAGAAGGACAACAUGCAGAACAGCCGCAAUGGGGUCAACGACAGCAACCUCUUUAUAAACCCUACCCAGAUCUCCCCCCCUUACUACUCCCGGCAGAAUCAGGCAGGGCAUGAAGCGCGCUUGGAGCUGGCAGGAAAAGGCCGGGCGCGACAGCAGCAAGAGGAAGGCCAGUCGGACCGCGGCAGUAGCGACAGCGUGUCGGAACACGAUGCGCCUAUGGAAGGAGAAACAGAGCAAGUGGAACUGAUUGGCAAAGAUGGGCAAGUAACAGAUGUGCACGUGAAGGUAGAAAAGACCGACAGACCCACUUACUCAGAUAGUUCCUCGGCUGGUGAUGAUGGCUACCACACAGAGUUGGUGGAUGGAGAACAGGUACUGGCUGUUAGUGUGGGUUCUUACGGUCCCGUCAUCCAGGCUCCUACCUAUUCUUACUCAGGGCUGUCCUCCCCGUGCUUCGUCAACCUCAGCAACUCCAGUCCUUCUCGCUCCAUGCUCAGCGGCUUCAGAGGGGGACGAGCGAGGGCAAAACGACCACUGGCUAUCCCAGCAGGGGUCCUGAGCCACAUCAAACCGGGCUCAGACGAAGGCGAAUCAGCCGUGGGACCCACAGGGUUGGAAAACGACGUAAGAGAGCGCAGUCUGCGGAGCCAGUGGUACCCCUACAAUGAGAGACUGAUUUGCAUCUACUGUGGAAAAACCUUCAAUCAGAAAGGGAGCCUGGACCGCCACAUGCGCCUGCACAUGGGAAUCACCCCAUUCGUCUGUAAGUUCUGUGGCAAGAAGUACACGAGGAAAGAUCAGCUGGAGUACCACAUCCGUGGCCACACGGACAACAAGCCCUUCCACUGUCAGAUCUGUGGCAAAUGCUUCCCGUUUCAGGGCACCCUUAACCAGCACCUGAGGAAGAAGCACAUGGGAGCAUCGGAGAGCAGCAAUCACACGGACUCUCCAGAGAGGACGGAGGGAAGUUCGGGUCAGAAGGACCAAGAGGAUACGUCGGAGGGGAUGGCCUUUGAGGCACAAUAUGCAGAAGAGGCACCAGCCAAUGAUGUGGAGGAAAGUUCGAAAUGCAGUCCGGAGGAGGCGCAAGCAUCGAGAUGUGAUUUUUAGGUCCCGCUUCAGGUUAAGGAAGCUUUAAGAAAUUUAAAGGACUCUCUUCUUUUUUCAAUUAGCUCCCUCUACUAUUGCCUCAAGGGUUUUUGUCGGUUUUGUGAACGUUAGAUGCUAAAUGCAGAGAGAAAAUGGGUGCUUUAUAGAAAUUUGAUUCUUUCAAGCAAAGGGAGUAACAACUUACUAUUUUUGAGGCGGUCCCAAUAAUCAAGACCCCCUGUUUGAUUUAUCUUUAUAUCUUUCCAUGUUUUUUAAAACAUAUUUACAGAGUUAUAUAGGCAUGUUGCAAUAAUUGAUAAUGUGAAAGCUCUGGUAAGAUGCUUGUCAUAUCACCUUUUUACCUGACCUGUUUUUGCACAUGUGGCCACAGGAGGUCACUUACUCACAAGGAAUGAUUUUUCUGCCAGUGCAAAGCUUCGUGUGACAUAUCCGUUCAAUACCUCAUAAUACAACUACAUACUCAUAACAGACAGUAUUUUAACUUUAAUGAAACUCACCAGGUUCUACCUCAUAGCCAAGAACCUACCAGGCACAGAUGUGUUCACCGUUAGAAAUCCAUUUUUAGUUUGUUUGUACAGUAUCUUAUUGCCAAACUCUGUAAAGAAUAUUCUUUUAACACAAAGCCUUGAUACUUGGGGGAAAUAUUCCUUGCUGAUUGUAUGGUUUAGGGACAAAGUCCCUGUCAAAUGUUUCAUGGUCAGCCAGGUUAAAAUGAUGUUUAAGAAGGUGCUAUGUUAGGAGUGCAUUAAAUUUGCUAGCUUACUUGUGUGCUUUUGGCAAACGUGGGGAAAAGAGCAAGAGAUUCGCCCUGUUAUUUUUCAAGAUACGACUUUACUGUCUUGUAACAUUUGUUCUACAAAACACUUCAGGAUUCUGUCUCUCAUCACUACUGGAGAUCUCACUCUGUUUGCCUAGGCGUGGUUUUAGAUGCUGCCAUCCAUUUAAUGGCUGAAUUACGUCCACACAGUGAAGUCGUUUGUAUUCCUCUCUGAUGGCAGAUUUAUACAAAACUAUUCUAUGUGUACGUGUUUUGUCCUGAGGCUUCCAAUUUAAUACUGUGUACUCUACCAGUGACAGGAGUACUCAUUGUCAACUCAGCACAGCAGGAACAGCUAUGGAUCUGUUCACAUGAAUCACUAUAGUAUACUGGUUUGAAUAAUAUGCAAACAGAAUGAACAAAGGAAUCUCAGCCAUUGUGACAUGGUUUUUCUUCCACUAUAUUAAACAGCUAUCGAUUUUUAUUUUUUCCCAUUGUGUCCUGCCUUUUUAGGAUGGGACAUUUAAUCUGUGAUAGACUUUUUCUGCAUUUUUUUGGGGGAUCAAAUGCAGACUUGGAACACGUUUUCCUCAUUUGUCAGAGCUAAGCCGUUGUCAGAGAUGUGACAUAACUAGAUUAAGAGGUUGAUCCAAAGUAUUGAUGCACUUUGCAGAGUUAGUGCGUGGGCUGAGUUCUGGCCCAGUGACAAAGUGUGCUAAUUUCUGUCUUAAUUCUGAUGCAGCCGCAGCAGUGUCAGGGCGAAACUUGCUUCAUAGCAGCAAUUUUUCCUCUGAGUAAAAAAAAAAAUAAAUCUUAUGAACUUCGAUGAAACUCUGCAAUCACGUGAAUACUAUUGGUUACAAGUCCCUCAAAUGGCAGCGUCGCUUUUUAUCUAUACUCUUUGAACUAUGGGGAUCAGGGAUGGGGUGUUGUUAAAAUAUAGAGACAUUUAUUUCCAUUGGGAUUUAACAAUCCAUAUUCAGAGCAAAGGCACUUAGAAGGCCUGAUUGAUUAUGCUGUCAUGAUUAUUAUAUUUUAAGCUCCGCUGGGUGGCUCCUUUCGUGCUGUCCCGCGUUCUUAUUUGCCAUCCAGCUGCUUAAUGCCUUUGUUGAGGAGCACCCGCUCGAUGCUUUUAUUUUGUCCCAUCUGGUCCAUGAUGAAUAUGUGUCACUGAAUUGCGAAUGCAUUGAUUAUUUUACAGUUUGCAUUUAAUUUUCUACUUUGUGCGCUUGGUGGGAGAUAAUAGUGUGUUCUUUCGCUUACAGUAUGUCUAGUUUUAUGUCAAGAGUGCAGUCCCUUUAUUCCUCUGAAUGUUCAGUCAUCGUCUUUAGUCGUUGAAGAUAGCAAACCAAAAUUUGGGGAAUUUUCGCAAGAAUCGGUAUAGCUAGCUUUUGUUAUUUUUUAUGGUUUUGUUUUUUUGUGUUUGAAUUUAUCACACUUUUUGGUUGUCAUCACCCACAGUCUGUCAGCCUGUACAAUAGUUUUACAUGAAUGUUUGUGUCAGCUGAUCUAAAUUCACCAAAAUCAGUCGCUGACUCGUUUGAACCUGACUAUGAUUAUUCUUGCCCUUCUCUUAGAAGAAAAAAAGAAACAUGACAUGCAUACCAUCUCGGGACGUUGUUGGUAAAGUUUUGUGAAUAAUGGGUACAGACACAAACAAUUUUGUGCCAAGAGAUCACACCAAAGACUAAUAGGUGAUUUUUUUUUUAACAUUAAAUUUUGACUGUAUUGCAUAAUUGAAUGCUCAUUAAGAACAAGAACUUAAAUGGAGGGCUAGUACAUUGCUAAUUGCAAGGAAUGUAUGUUUCCCAGCUUACAACAAUCACUUGUGUAAAAUUUGAACAAUUUGCUAAGAAGACAUUAAGUAGUCGUAAAUAAAGUCGUAUAUUAAGCCAUAAAAAAGGUGACAAUAUAAAAAUUGUGCAAUAGGUAUUGUUAAAGCCAAUGUAAACAAAAGAGAAUACUUCACUAAAAGUGGCAUCUUAAACUUAGUGCCUUGCCACAAGCUUUAUAUUGUAGAUUCUGGCACUUAGAUUCCUGUGCCUCUUUCAUUUUAAAAUGAAUUAAAUAGAGAGGUUAUAAGACGAUAUGGCCACAUGAUUUAUUGUAAAGUAGUAUCAAGAAUAGAUUUAUGUCAUUCUUGUCCAUUUUAUAGUAUUCUCUAGUCCUGCCCCUAGCGUUCGCUCGUUAUCAUUUUUGUUUUUUGAUCCUGGGAUAGGCAACUGAUCUUAAGGUGUAACUGAUUUUGUAGCUAUUGAUUACAAUCAAAUGAGGCAGACUUGUUCCCUGCAAGCUAUCGCCCCACGUUCAGAGACUAAACUGUCCCGCCUCCUCUCUGUCCGCCACAACUGAGGACAAUCCAAGCAAUGUACUGUAGUGUAGGUAGUUCAGCAAAGGAAGGGGAUGCAUGAGAAACACAAAUUUAGUUCCUCUCUGUCCUCUCGGAGAAUCUGACAGGGAAACAGCUGCCUGGUUAUUUAGCAGAUUAUAACCUGAAUAUAUGUGCAGAAACAAAAGCUUACCCCUCAUGUACUGUAGCUGAAUUGCACGUUGCUACACCACAAAAUUGUACAAAAAAAAAUUUGCCAAUGGAUACAUUUUUGUGACUUGUUUUUGUGUCAUUGAUUGUGCACUUACAGGUUUUUGUUUUGUUCUUUUGUUAAAAGUUCCAUCCAGGAAGUCCAGUUUAUCUCUGUAGUUCCUGUAAGGGACUCGGCUAUAAUGGCCUCAAUCACUAGUCGGGACCCUUCCCCCCAUAAAUGGUGCUUAUAGGCUAGUCUUUUUUUUUUUUUAAAUCAAAUGAGUAAACAAGUCCAUGUAUUCAUUAUAGGUGAACGGAGGGGAAAUAUUUGCGAAUGCUUUUCAUGAACUAUAGUUACUUAUGUGAUACUAUACGACUACAGAACCAACUUGACAACACACUCAAACCGACUCUCUGUAACUCUUGGCUCCACCCCUCUGAGAGGAACAGGAGAUGCAUUUUGGGCCACAAGUAAUCAAAAGGAAGUGUUUACAAGGAAGGCUGUCAGACUACUUUUUGAAAUUGCAGCUCAUCCUAUUCCUUUUAUAAUAAACUCACUUCAGGUAGUUUACGAACACUGAUACAGGCUUAGAAAAAAAUCGUAAGUCUUCCAUAGCUUCUCUGUCAGUUUCUGUCCACUGUGUAUUAUUAGAAAGAAGAAAAAGCAAUAACAUUUUUAAAAGUGAAAAGUGGUGUAUUGGGAUCAUCAAAGCUUAUUGAAAUAUUGGCCUGUCGUAUAUCAAACAAAACUGAAUGUCAGGGAGCUCUUGAAUUGAAGUAGGACCAGGACAAUUUGAUAUUGAUUUAUUUUUUAUGUACUUUCUGAAACUUUGGACAAGUUGACUUCCUCUUAAAAAAAAAAAAAAGAUUUCUAAGUAAAAAAAUGAUUGGUGUUGCUUUCUGAUGUCGAUCAGAAUUCAGUGGUAGUCGGUAAACUGCAACGCAAGAACUGAGCGCAUGGUUCAGUUGUCAAACUCAGUGGCACUGUUCAGAGUUGCACCUCCAGCUGAGUCAAAUAUCGAAAGGGAUUUUGGGCUGUAUAGCCGUUUGGGAGCGGGCUAUCUGUUGACAUGUUGAGGUUCGCUGAUCUCCUUUGGCUCCUCGGGCUCAGAGACAGUAGUUUUAGUUGUUAAGGCUCAGAGGGGAAGUUUUCAGUCUAGCUAUUGUUCCUUUUCCUUUUUUUUUUUUCUAACUCCCUGAACUGCACUAUGAUGUCUCUGGCUCAUAUGUAUUUGAUGGCAAGGCAAAAAAGAACAAAAAAAAAAAAACUUACAACUCAGGGUUAAAAGUGGUCUCAUUGGACAUGCAUCUUAUGUCCAUAUUAGAAUUGUGCACUUCUCUUCAGGUGGGGAAACAAGUCCUCAGUCAGUGGUUCCCAAACAUUCUGCCUCAAGGUCUCAAUGAGCCCAUAUUUUCCACGGAGCUGAAAGCCUCAGGUGCACUGGAGAUCACAAACCGAACCAUGAUAGCAGAAAUGCCCCAACUCCUGUUUUUGUCCACUCUACACACAACCUCACAACCCAACUGUGAACCUCAGAACUCUACUGUUUUGUACAACUAUGAAGUAAAUGAAGCUAGCUAGAGCUGAUGUUGUAUCUAUUGCCAUUUAUGAAUUUAUUUUAUAGCAUGAAAUAAAAUAUAUUUAUUCAAAUUAUAUAUUUUACUCAUAAUCAUUCUGUGCUGCUUCAUUUUGGUUCUUAAGCUUGUAAAUUGCUUUUUUUAUUAUAUUAAAAAAAAAAUGUCAAUAGAAUAAUGCGUUUGUAAAAUAAAGACGCUCAUUUGGCUCCGA